AAGUGGCCGGUUUCACCUUCCAGGCGGCAUCCGAGAAGGCAGGGGCAGAGCGCGGGCACCUUUCUCCAAAUCCUGAACAGCCCCCAAGCCACGCGCGCUGCAGUGGGGCUUUGCCAGGCGAUGUGAAAUCGAGGGCUGGCCUGUCUUGUUCCUUCCCUCCCGGCAGCCUAGUCCCCCGCUCCUCCAGCCCGCUGCAGAGGUGCUUUGCCCGGUGACAAGCGACAAAGGGCAUCCGGCUGCAGCAGCCGCGGCCUGGAGCCGAAGAUGUUACUGGCGGGGAUCAGCCUGUUGUCCUGGCUCGAAGCUGCGCUCGCUGCCUUGCUGGCCCUCGGGCUCCUCCUCACCGUGUCCCGGCACUUGUGGACUCUCCGGUGGACUCUGAGCAGGGACUGGGGCAGCGCUCUGCCCCUCCCCAAAGGCUCCAUGGGGUGGCCGUUCUUCGGGGAGACCCUGCACUGGCUUGUCCAGGGCUCCAGCUUCCACAGCUCCCGCCGGGAGAAGUACGGCCACGUGUUCAAGACCCACCUGCUGGGCAAGCCUGUCAUCCGAGUGACUGGGGCCGAGAACAUCCGCAAGAUCCUGCUGGGGGAGCACAGCUUGGUCAGCACCCAGUGGCCCCAGAGCACCCAGAUCAUUCUGGGCUCCAACACCCUGCUCAACUCCAUCGGCGAGCUGCACCGCCAGAGGAGGAAGAUCCUGGCUCGAGUCUUCAGCCGCGCUGCCCUGGAGAGCUACCUCCCCGGGAUCCAGAAGGUCGUGAGCUGGGAGCUGCGGGGCUGGUGCAGGGAGCCUGGCUCCGUCGCGGUUUAUGCCUCCGCUAAAACUUUGACUUUCCGCGUUGCAGCUCGGGUUCUGUUGGGCCUCAGCCUGGAAGAAAAACAGUUUAAGGACCUGGCCAAAACCUUUGAGCAGCUGGUGGAGAACCUGUUCUCCUUGCCCCUGAACAUCCCGUUCAGUGGGCUGCGCAAGGGGAUCAAAGCCCGGGAUCUGUUACAUGAGUUCAUGGAGAAAGCCAUAAUGGAAAAACUACAAAGAAAGAACUCAGAAGGUUAUAGUGAUGCUCUGGAUUUCUUAAUAAACAGUGCCAAAGAGCAUGGCAAAGAAUUCACCAUGCAGGAGCUGAAGGAGUCAGCGAUUGAGCUGAUAUUUGCUGCUUUCUUCACCACUGCUAGUGCCAGCACUUCUCUGAUCCUUCUGCUACUGAAACACCCCUCGGCGGUAGAAAAAAUAAGACAGGAACUGGUGUCCCAUGAAUUGCAUAGGCACUGCCAUUGCCUUUCGCCUGCAGUCUCCCAAAAGAACCACCCAUAUAUUGAACCCUGCCAAGAUACACCGAUGAUCCAGGAGAAAGAGAGGAAGGACAGUGACUCUCAACAGCGUCUCCUCUCCACGCCAGAAGGGACGCCGAAGAAUCAAACUCAGCAACUUGAUAUAAAGGCAGAAGGAGAGGCUGGGGGUGGUUUUAUCCAGCGGCCUCCUCUCCUUAAGGAGCUCAUGUUAACCAGAAUGACACAAGAAACAAUUAGUUUGAAUACAAACGAUCAUUAUUCAAACCACAGGCAAGAGGAAGGCGGCCAGCCGCCCAGCAGGUUCGAGGUGCCCACAGGGCCCGUGGUUCCAGAGGCGGAGUGUCAUUGUCAGCCUGAGAUGAACUUGGAUAAACUGAGCCGUCUCCGCUACUUGGACUGUGUGGUUAAGGAGGUCCUUCGCGUGCUGCCGCCCAUUUCUGGAGGCUAUAGGACAGUCCUGCAGACCUUUGAGCUGGAUGGCUACCAGAUCCCCAAGGGCUGGAGCGUGAUGUACAGCAUCCGAGACACCCACGAGACCGCGGCCGUGUACCAGAGCCCCCCCGAGCGCUUCGACCCGGACCGGUUCGGCUCGGCCCGGCAGGAGGGGGCAGGACGCUUCCAUUACAUCCCCUUCGGCGGAGGGGUCAGGAGCUGCAUCGGCCAGGAGCUGGCCAAGGCCAUCCUCAAGCUGCUGGCCAUCGAGCUGGUCAGCACGGCCCGCUGGGAGCUGGCCACCCCCGGCUUCCCCGAGAUGCAGACGGUGCCCAUCGUGCAUCCCGUGGACGGGCUGCAGCUCUUCUUCCACCCCCUGCAGCCCGGCGGCGCCAGCACCCGCCGCCAGGUGUCCCGGGAAGCUUGA